AUGGCGCGGUUGGCGACUGCUCCGGUGUCGCCGCCGUCGCGCCCAGUCCCGGUCCUCUCGGCUCCGGUGGCCCGCGUAUCCCCCUUACGCCCCUUUAUUGCUUCGUUCGGGUCAUCCUCACUCUGCGUCCGCGUUACCCUCCCCCUGCGCCGCCCCACGCCGGCCCUUGCCGGCGGCGGGUCGCUGGUGCCGACGGCCGAGGCGCCGCCUGCCGAUAGAGGGGAAACCCUACGGCUCGCCCCUCCCCGUCGCCCGCUGGGCCUCGACCCGGCCGGCCGGGGCAUUCUGGGCCGCGGCCCAGCCCAUCUGCCUUCCGCGCCCGUUGGGCUCCCCUCGCCCCGGCUGGGCCUGCCCGAGUUGGCUGGGCCGCCCCGGUGCCCUAGGCCCACGCAGUCGGCCGGCACGAUUUGGUUCCCUCGGGGGUGCCCGGUGGCCCCAUCUCUCCCCCCCUUCCCCCGCCGCCACGCCUGUUCCCCUCCACCAACCGCAAGUCUCUCCCCACCCGCACUCCUCCCCGCCGUCCCCAGCUGUGUGCUCGACCUCGCCUCCCUUCCCGCCGCAGCAGUCUGCCAUGCGUGA